AUGGAUUCUAAUUCAUCAUCGACACUUCUUCAACAUCAAACAUUUAUAAAUACAUUUAUUAAAAGUGAAUAUACAUCAUCAAAUAAUCAACAAUAUCCAUUAACAAUUUAUCCGUUAACAUCAAUGAGUAGUGGUGGAAGUGAUUCAAGUUUAAGUUCACCAUCAACACCAAUGCAUAUUGAUGAAAAUUAUCUUGAUAUGUCAACAAAUAAUUUAAAUAAUGAAAAUCAUUUAGUAGAAUCAUCAAAUAAUAAUAAUAAUACACAUCAUCAACGACGUACACGUCGUACAACACGUUUAUCACGUCGAUUAAAUAAUCAACCAUAUCCUUCAACAUCAUCAUCAUCACAUCGUAUAUCAUCAAAAAGACGACAACAACAACAACAAACAAUGUCACAAGAUGAUGUACAAAAUCAACGUGCUAUUGCUAAUGUACGUGAAAGACAACGUACACAAUCAUUAAAUGAUGCAUUUGCACAUCUUCGUCAUAUUAUUCCAACAUUACCAUCAGAUAAAUUAUCAAAAAUUCAAACAUUAAAAUUAGCAACACGUUAUAUUGAUUUUCUCUAUCAAAUUUUACGUACAGAUGAACAACAAGCUUCAUCAUCAAAUAUACCAUCAACACAACAAACUUCAACAUCACAACUUCAACAACAGCAGCAGCAGCAACAACAACAACAACAACAACAACAACAACAGCAACAGCAUACACUUGAUACAGAAUCAUCACCAUCAUCACAACAAAAUGAACGUACAUUAAGCUAUGCAUUUAGUGUAUGGCGUAUGGAAGGUGCUUGGUCUGCUAAUGGUAAUGCAAGUAAUGGACAACAAACAUCAAUCAGUAAUGGAUCAUUUUCUCCUGAUGAUUAUCAAGAAAACUAA